AUAGUUAUUCUGUUGUAUCUUAGGAGCUAAAAAUAAUAAAUGUGUAUGUUUUUCUGUAGUCUACUGGCAUGAGAUGAUAGACAUCCAAAAGAAUCUGAAAAAAAAAAAAUUGGAUUUUCCUGUUAUAUGGAGAUGUAACUUAGAAUGAAAUACAAAAAUCUAAGUGUAUCAUCGGAGGGAUUCUUACAUAUAUAUACACCUGUGCAACCAUCAUGCAGAUCGAAAUAUAGACUAUCCCCGGCACUCCGACAGUCUCCAUGUGCCCUUUCCUAGUUAAUGACCUCUAGAAAGAAUCUUCAUAUAUAAAGUACACAGAAAUGAAAAGAAAAGUAGUGAAUGCUGGCAAGCUAAGAUUGAGUCCUAAUGAGGAAGCAUUCGUUUUGAAGGAAGAUUAUGAAAGAAGACGAAAACUAAGAUUGCUACAGGUUCGAGAACAAGAAAGAGAUAUCGCCUUACAGAUAAGAGAAGAUGUAAAACAGAGGCGGGAUCAGCAACUCACUCGUCUGGCAGAGGAGCUAAGAGCAAAAUGGGAAGAAUCACAAACUCAGAAAAUACAGAGCUUGGAAAAACUAUAUUUGGCAAGUUUAAGAAGUAUGGGAGGAGGACAUCAACAGGCCAAGGAAAAUGAACCUGAUUUGGAUGCACUGGCAUGGAGGACGGCAGAGAGGAAAAGAAAAGCAGAUCUGAGGCAUAAAGAGGCACUGCAAGUACAGAGACACCAAAAAGAAGUGUCAGUGAGCCAAAAAACCUGGCAUAUAAAAGCUCGAAAGGAAGCACUGAUGGCGGAAAAAGAGAGGUCUGCCAAAAUUACAAGUCUGCCCUCUCCUCCUCCAACUCUUUUUGAGAACAUUGAAAUAAAGAGAAUUUCUGCGGUGAAAACCACUAAUAGUUCUACCUACCAUCAUCUUUGCACUUUUGUGAAUCGGGAGAUGGACACAAAGCAGCCAGAUGCUCAUUUGGCUGCUGCAGAAGAAGCAAAACGAUUGGAAGAACUACAAAAACAAGCAGCACAAGAGAGAGUGGAACAGUGUGAAAAGGCGCACCUGCGGGGUUUCCAAGCAAUGAAAAAGAUCCAUUUGGCCCAAAAUCAAGAGAAACUAAUGAAAGAUCUCAAACAACUCCAACAAGAGGACCUGGCCCGGAGGAGACAGACCGUAGCACAGAUGCCACCACAGCUAGUCGAACUCCCGCACAGACGCAGUGAAAUGAAGGAGGACUGGCAGAGAGAGUUGGAAUUUGCCUUUGAAGAUAUGUACAAUGCGGACAGGAAGGUGAAAGGAAACCUGAUUUUGCACCUUGAACCAGAGCCUUUGCCCACUGUGGCGGAUCAGAUCCAAGAUGAAGAACUGAACCUUUCAAUGGAACAAGAAAAUUUAGAUGACGCUGAAAACCUUCCAGUGACAGAAGCUGAAAGAAUAUGUUCUAGUGACGUUCCCUUGGCAAUGAAGACUCAACAGAUCCCUUCAAAAGUUCUUUUCAAAAAAUUAUUAAAUAAGAUCCGAAGCCAAAAAUCUCUCUGGACAAUUAAAUCCAUGUCUGAGGAUGAAACUGAAAUGAUUACAAGUAGUGAAACUGGUAGUAAAGCGUCAACAGUCGAGUCGGGGACAACUGCUUGCAAAGAGAGUGCACCAUCCUCUGGACGGGAGCAAGUUGUUGAGAGUGAUACACUGACGAUUGAGUCUGGACCACUUUUUAGUGAAGAUAAACCACUUUCAUGUAGUACAGACUCCGGAAAGGAACAAGACGUAAACGAGACUCCGCCAAUCACAGCUGCAGCUCAGAGUUCAGUUCUACCUCAUCCUCAAGAAGCAGCAGCCAGAAUUAGGAUGCCAGCAAGACAGAAGCAGAUAAUGGAAAUAGAAGAGCAGAAGCAAAAGCAGUUGGAAUUACUUCAACAAAUUGAACAACAGAAAUUAAGAUUAGAAACUGGCUGCUUCAGGGCUCAGCUGGAAGAAGAAAAAAGGAAAACAAUUGAACAGACGAGGAUUGCUGUUACUCCAGCAUCGUCCACUACAGUUGGUGAUGAAGAUAAUCAUAGGCAGAUGAUUCAUAACUAUCAACAUCAGCUUUUACAGCAAAACAGGUUACACAAACAGUCUAUUGAAACAGCCAGAAAACGCUUACUUGAAUAUCAAACUAUGUUGAGAGAAAGGUACCCGUGCAUGUCAGCCCCAUCAUUGGUCUCUGAUCCCGCUGCGUCAGCACCACCCCUGAAGUCAGAGAGACCCACUGCCACAUCAGAACAUCUGGACCACGCUCAGAGAUCCAAGCUGAGUCCUAGCAAAUACCAACCCAUACGGCCAGCACAGAUCUCCAGAGCAAAACAAGAUCGUCUUCAAGUACCAAGACAAAAUCACUUUCUACAAAAACAGGUAGAAACAGCAGAAACAUUAAGGACUGCAGAGGAUUUAGCUAAGCAGUCUUCAGAAUCACAAGCAUAUCCUGGGCAAUUCUCACAGACUGAAACACAACAAGACUGUAAAUUGGUCCGUAAAGAUUCUCAUACACUUUCGAGGGCUUUGUCAGGUGACAGGCCACUAAUAUUACAGGAUGCUACAAAAAUACUUGAAACAUUUAGGGCACCAACUUUUCAAACUUUAGAUUCCCAGCAAAUAUUCUCAGAGAAUAGUGAAAAUAUAUCUAAGGUAACUGAACCAUCUUCAUUCCUCCCACUGAGGCCUCAGCAUUCUUUUGGACUUCUGCCUAUUAAGGUUGAAUGUGAAAAAUCGCAAGAACCCUUAUCAACCACAAGCAAAAGUGCAGUUUCCACAGGCCAUUCUGUAAUCACCCAAAUGCAUGAUAGGCCUUUGCCAUCAUCAGAGAAUAUCACAGCCCAGCAAGGUAAUUUGAAGGCUCUCCAAGAACAGUUAGACCAACAGAAGGAAGUUCUUCAGGCAAGACAGGAAGCUCAAGAACAAUUACUUUUGUGCAAACGGAAAGAAUUAGAACAGCAAAUGGGCCUCUCUGUGUUCCUUCCGUUAGUAGCUCCAGAUUCAUCUGCUUUACUGCCUUCUGCCAAAGCUGAACUAGGGAGAAUCCAGGAAUCUGCUCCGACCAAGAAUGAUACUGCAGUUUGUUCAGAACAUCCUGUAGUCCCACAGGUUCAGAAUAGGCUUUUAAAUCUUUUGGAGCCUAUCUUACCACAGCAAAGUAAUUUAAAGUUUCUCCAAGACCAGGUGAAUAUUGAGAGGGAUAACCUUCAGGCAAGGCGGGAAGCCCAGGAAGUAUUAUGUAUGCAGAAACAGAGUGAAUUAGACAGAAGCGAAUGGUCUGCACAAGCUGAGCCCUCUUCCCUCCCAUUUCUGGGUGCUCAGCAUACAUUUACUUCGUUAUCUUCUGCUGAUAGAAGAUUUGGUAACGUCUGGGAGCCGUAUCCACCUAAGGGCGAGCAAGGACUUCUCUCAAGCCAGGCUGGAAUCUCUAAGUCUCAGGAUGGGUCGUCAGGUUUCCUACAGCAGUUCCUACCUCCAUGUGGUAGUUGGAAGCUGCUCCAAGAACGGCUGACCACACAGAGGGAUACUUUUCAGGCUGGGCAUGGAGCUCAGGCAGAAUUACUUUUAUAUAGACAAAGGGAUUUGGGGGACAUUAAGUCUGGGCAGAUGAGUUCUUUCUCACCAAUGGUUGUUCAACAUUCAGUUGCUUCACAAACUGCUGCUAAAGCUGAGCCCAGGAAAAUGCAGAAGCAUUUCUUUUCGGAAGAGAAUAUAAUUCCUUCAAGUCAUUUGAUGACCCCAACAUUUCAGGGUAAAUCUUUUACUUCCCCACAUCAUGGCCUGCCAAAGCAAGAAAAUUUGGUAACAUUCCCGGAACAGUUACACACAGAGAGGGUGAUUCUUCUUAAAGAAGAAACUCAGGAAUCUGUACACAAACAAAGUGAAUUGGAAAAAAGAAUUUCUUCUGAACAGACUGGAACCUCUUCAUCCCUAUCCCAUGUAGCUGAAUUUGAGAGCUUCCAGGAAUAUAUGUCAAUCAAGAAUGAUAGUACCGGUGCAUUAAGCCAUUCCAAGAGCCCAAGAUUUCAGGAAAGACUUUUGAGAUUUUCACAACAUAGCCUACCUGUACAAGGUAAUUUGGAGGAACACCAAGAGUGUCUAGACACUGAGAAAGAAGCCUUUCAGAGAACUCUAGAAGAUACUUCUGAACAAACUGUCUCACCUUCAUUCAUACCUCAGUUAGCACAGCUUUCCUUUACUUCAUUACCUUCAGCUGAGUCUGGUACAACCCUGGAACCCCUUUCAGCAACAGAGAGUGAUAGCAGAAUUUCUUCAAGACAUUUGCAGGGGAGGCUUUUGAGAAUAUCUCAACUUAUCCAGCCUCAGCAAGAUAACUUGAAGGCACUUCAAGAAAAGUUAGCUACACAGAGGGAAGCCAUCCUUCAGUCUAGACGAGAAGCUCAGGAAGAGUUAUUUGUACAGAAACAGAGUGAGUGGUGUGGAGCAGUGUCUCCCGAGCAGGUUAGCACCUUUUCUUUACCCCUGGUAGUGCAGCAUUCAGUCACCACCUCACCUUGUACUGAAUCUGAAAAUACGCAAGAACCUUGUUCAACUAACAGUGAUGAUACUGUCUCCUCGGGUCAUUCUGAAAUACCAAGAUUGCCUGAUCGGCUGUUGGGUUUAUCACAUCCUGUUAUACUUCAAGAAAAUUUGAUUGACCCUGGAGAACACUUACAUGCACAGACAGAGUCCCCUCCUCCUCUUGAGAAAACCCAAAAAGAAUCUUUUUUGCCAAAACCAUGUAAAUUUGAGGAAAAGGUCUCUUCUGAGCAUCUUAUCCAACAACCUUGCCAUGGUGAAUUGCAGACACUUCCACAACAGUUAGCUACACAAAGGAAAGCAAUUCAAUCUAGACAAGAAGUCCCAGAAGAAUUGCUUUGGGGAAGGUUAAGUACUUUGGAGGAAAGGGUAUCAUCUGAGCAGAUUAGCCCCUCACCAUUCUUAACUCAGGUCGCGGUGCCUGUUGCUGACUCUGAAAGAUUCCAAAAGUCUUUCCCAACCAAAAAUAACAAUACUACUUCCUCAAGUCAUCCCGAAAUCGCAAGAUCACGGGAUACGCUUUUGAGUUUCUCACAGUCUUUUCUACCUCAGCAAGAUAAUUUGACAGGGCAAUUGGACUUACAAAGGGAAGUGGUAUAUUCUUACAACAAACCCCAGGAAGAACUGCUUUUAAAUGAACAAAGUAAGUUGAACACAAGUGAAUCUGCUGUCCCUUCUUUGUUUCUACCCCAGGAAACAGAGCAUUCAUUUAUUCCACUACCAUUUGCUGAAACUAAAUCUAAAAGCAUUUGUGACCUGUAUGCAUCCCAGAAUGAACAUGCAGCUCUCUUAGGUGAUUCUAUCAUCCCAAGAUUUCAAGAUAGACUUUUGAGUUUUUCACAGCCUAAUUUAGCUCAACAAGAUAACGUGGGACUUCAGAAGCAGCUGGAUCUACAAAAAGUGGUUCUGCCUUGUAGCCAGAGAGCCCAAGAAGAAUUGCUUGUUCAGAGACAAACAGCAUUGCAGCAGCAGAUACAGAAACAUCAAGAGAAUUUGCAAGAUCUCUUUAAAGACAGUCAGACAAUGAAGCCCACAGCUGAAAGUGAUUUAAAAACCCAGAAGAUGGAACAGCUCAGAGAAUGGCUUCCUCCUCUCCAAGACCGAUCCAGAGAUGAUCAGAAAAACAUCAGUCAUGCAGAUAAUGAUAGGAGCAACUCUGGUGGUAAUCAGCUGGUUUCAGAAGGUAUUAGUGCCAAGCAAAGUGGUGAGCAUUUGGACAAAGAACUGAGUACUCGAUCCUCAAAGCCACCUGUGGCAAAAGUUAAAUGUGGUUUGGACUUAAAUCAACAUGAGCUUAGUGCCAUACAAGAAGUAGACUCACCAGCAAGUGGCAGAACCUCUACUCUAGGUAAACUAGAUUUUUAUCAAGACAGAGACCCUACAAGAGUCUCAAUAAGCCGAGAACAAACUUUUCUUGGGAGCCCACUAGCCUAUAAUCCAUUUGGUUGCCUUCAAUCACAUGCCCAGGAGAAUGUCAAUGGUGGUGACUAUAACGAACCAGUCCAGGUGCAGCAGUCCGUUGAGAAUCAUGCAGUAUUAAGUCAUGCCGUUGAGAAGGAAGGGUGCACGCAUCCGGGUCCCACUGUAAAGCCAGAUAACGAGGCUAAAACACAAGAGAUUUCUCAUGAACCAUUAUCUUCAGUAACUGUUUCUACUGGGAGCUUUUUAAGUAAUGAAAACUUAGAUUUGAGCCUUACAGAUGCAGGUUCAUUUGCAGAGCACAUGGAUGACAGGGAACAAGAAUCUACCACCAAAAAAGAAGAGGAAACAUGUAUUUUAAAUUCUGUAGUUCCUUCCAUACAAGUUAUUUAUCAAUGGCAAAACUCUUCAGACAAUCAUAAAUCUCUUUUGCCUUCAGUGGAAGAGUUCACAUCUGGUCACGAACACUCUCAGCAGAUCACUGACAAGUACAGAAAUGAAGCAGAUUUGAUACCUGCAAAAACAGACCUGCGGGUUGACCUUGACUUUCCAGAAUUGGAACACAUUUUUCCAAAUUUGCAUCGUCAGCUAUUUAAACCCUUAGAGCCACAUCCAGAUUUUGACUUAUCAUCAUCCUCCUCUGGGAUUUCUCAAGACAACAGAGACUUGUACCAGCCUUUCCCUGUUGUCGUCUGUCAGAGCUCAGAUUCCUUGGAAAGCCACCAGGCUCCUGUAUCAUCCAACAACACAGUUUCUUUCACAGCAUUGAGGAGGACCAGCCUGCAUUCUUCCUUCAACACAAGGCUGAAUCAGCAACUGGACACUAACUUGGCUCAUACUGCAGCUCAGAGUUUUGCUCCAGAAAAUAUUAUUGAGGGAUCUGAACAAUCUUAUCAACAGCUUCUGCCAGAAUUUUCUUCACAGGAGGGGAGCGAACAUGCUGAUCUACCAAGUAUAUUUAGCAUUGAAGCAAGAGAUUCAUUCCAAAGCACAGAAAAUCAGAACUAUUCCUCUGAGGAACAUACUGAGAUAUUACUAAAUAAGAAUAAAAGCAUUCACUUCCAGCUCUCUGUAGGACACGUGAGAAGUUCAGUCUGCAAUUCAUCUGAUGAGGCGAACAUCAAUGUAUUUGGUCAGGUAAACACUCAACGUAGCGCUCCAGGGGGUUCUACCUCUAGUGAGUGCGCAUCAAAACAACUAGAAAGCAGACAAGAAACACUGCGCCUUGAAGGACUACCAGAAAGAGGGGUUGUUACCGUGUUACAAAGUCAAGGACUCAUUGAGAGUGAUAAAAACAAAGCCUGUGGAGUUUUAGACAUAAAUCCACACGUAGACAAAAUUGACUGUCAAGUAUGUAUAACAACAGUGGAGAUGGGAAUUUCAAAUUCAGCUCAAACUGAAACUCCAAAAUUCAUACAAAAUCUUUCUCAACUAGGACAAUCAGAGCUUUCUGGAAAUUCUGGAUCAUUUUCAUUACAGAACUCUAUUCCAGUCUGGGAAACAGAAUCUGGCCGUGGUAUAAUGGAAGAACCAGAACUUACUUUAGUGAGCACCAGUGACAUCAGUAUUGCUGAGACGGAUUUUGCAAACUUAACACUAGAAGAGAAGAGAGAGAGGGAGGCAGAAAGUUUUCAGGUGAGUGAAUUUCUGCCUCUUGCAUCAAACACAAAUGCCUCAGAUUAUUCAGCUGUGUCAGAGCUUUCAGUGGAGAAGCCCAGGGUGUCUACAGAGACUCUCCCAGAGUUUACAUCAGGGAGUUUACAAGAAGCAUUUGUAAAGAGAAAAAAAUCAUUUAUGGAAAGAUCCUACCAGAGGCAGAAAGAAAUACGGAAUAAAAUUUAUAUCUCUGAUUCUCAAAUCAAACUAGUUCAGGACAAACCAACUAUAGGCUCAUCUGUGACUCGCCUGAAGGGUGAGAAUAAAGAUGGAGCCUCAGUUUCUGAAGACAGAAAGACCAUCAUGCAACAGAGGGCACUAAGACUAUACAAUCAAUUUACUGAAGUGAGACAAAAGGAAGAGAAAUCAAAGCAAGCAGCAGCUUAUGCCCAAAAUAGAGUAAGGGCAAGAGAAUUUCAUAAGGUGAGCAGGAUGGGCAGGGAGGGGGCCCCAGUUUCUCAAGCUGAAGGUAUACAAUUGAAACUGCUACAUUUUUAUUCCUUCCACAGAAAACACUAGAGAAACUUCGAGCAAAAAAUACAUGCUGACUUUCUACAAAUGGUGUAAAAGUUGUUUUUUUUAUUAUGGCAGUAGGAGAAAUUAAUAAAUUUUUAUUCGAGGAAUUUCACAUGUGAUUCUCCUUCUGCUGUCCAUCUCAAUGGCUGGAGUCACCGAAGAUUUACCUUCAAGACAGCCCUGAAAAAGAAACUGCUUAGACUGAGACAUUUACAUUCCCUCAUCACCAAUCAUUAAUUACUACAUCAUGAUUUUGAGUGGUUAAGUCUUGUACCUCUCCUCAGGAAAACACAGCACUAUUUAGUGUUACAGCAUCCUGCAGAGAACUUCAAUAUAUGGUCACAGCGUUAAGAGCUCUUGGUUUCACAGCUCCAUGAGCCCUCUUUGAAAUGACCAAUGUUUUUUCUAACGUGUACCUACCUUUUUAAUGAACAGAUCCUCAAUCCACAUUUGUCCUGUUAGCCCUACAUAAUAACAAAAGUUUAUAUCUCCAAAGAUGAUCAUAUAAAACAAGACUCCCUUAGCUCCACAAACCACCUAUUUAUUAGCUGUCCUGAACAGUUAGCAAGAGAUCCAGGCAUGCACUGUUUGUCAGGAACAAUCACAGUUGCUUGCUUUGUAUUUCCACUUGGACAGUGUCACAUGCAGGCAACGGAGGGAAAACCAGUCUAAUAAAGGGUUAAUACAAUGUCCCCAGUAGGUUGAGUGCUACCAAAGUAGCAGAUAGAAAACCUAGUGGAAGUUUUUUUAUGGUCAUGUCCACAGCAAUUGAGAAACUGCAUUCUAAAAGCCUUGGUAAUGACCAUUAGACCCUUGAGCAAAUAAUUUUUACUUUACCAAAAGUUGCUUGCCAUUAUUAUUUUCAUUUUCAAAUUCUUUGAUGAAAACUUAAAAUUCCCCACCUGUGAAAAAAGUUUAAAGUCUCAUUUACUAUUAUUAAAAACAGAUAUCCAUUUUAAAUUUGCUUAGGUUUCAACUAUCUACAACUUUUUCAAGGCAAUUUAAACAUUUUAUUAAGGCUGAAUGAUGCUGCUUCCAUUUGUAUAGAAAUUUGCUCUGAUCACAAACACGUGGCAGCUAUUUUGAAACGUGCUAAUUGUUCUCAAUAUGGACGAUGUUCAGAAAGGCUCUUUUUCAUUCAGCCCAUUCAGAGCAGUUGAACAUUUUGCCCAUCAUCAUAACAUCACAUAACCUUGAUGACCAAUGUGAAUGUGCACUGACAUAGUAAAAUCUAGUCGUAGUAAACUAACUACCAGAUUUGACUGCAACUGUAUUAUUAGAUGUAGGCAGUCCCUGAGUGACACUGCGAUGCCAGUGUAAGCAAAUCUCCUAUACUGCCAUAAAAACAGUCUAUACAACUUAGUAUUUAACGCCUGUCUAUAUUAUACUUUUUAGAGUAUGCUCCCCCCUUUUAAGUAUGAAAACAUUAAACUGUAGAAAAGUCUCAGGCAGGUAUUUCAUGAUAUUUCAAGGCUGUCCUAAAAGAUCAGGACAAAAGUUAUCCUGAAAGGUAACUGUGUGUUCCUGUGGAGGUGUAGGACAGUGACAGAGCUGAUCCUGACCCAUGAAGCAUCCCUGUCAUUAAGCAACAUGAUUGUACUGUACUUUGUUCUUAACAUUUGUCUGACACAUAAUUUCCACUCAUCAGCUGUGCAGAAUGUCACAGGUCUCAUUGUCACCACAGUAAUACAUGUACUGUGACGGAAGCAUAACCUGUGUCUCAAUGUAGCCACAUUAACAAUGUUUGAACACUAUUGUCAACAGUGCCCACUCUCAUCUAGAAUGAGGCUUUAGGGAAGUUCCUGUCAAGUUUAUAAUACACUGGGGGCUCGGCGCCUGUAGCUAAGUGAGUAGGGCGCCAGCCUACUCACAUAUCAAAGGUGGCAGGUUCAGCAACAGUAGCAACUGCAACCAAAAAAUAGCUGGGUGUUGUGGUGGGCGUCUGUAUUCUCAGCUACUUGGCAAGCUGAGGCAAGAGAAUUACCCAGGAGUCUGAGGUUGCUGUGACACCACAGCGCUCUACCCAGGGUGACAUAGUGUGACUCAGGAAGCAAAAAAAAGACAAAACAAAACGCACCGUGAAUGUGUGUUAGCUGUUAGCAGCUGUUAGUUGACAGUGCUACCAAUAAGGGGAAGCAAGCAGCUAGAAAGGAAAAAUACAAAACUGUACUUUUUAAGAGUAGAUCGAUCUGCCUGGUUUUCAGUUUGACACCCUAGGGGGAAAAAAAGAAUUUGUUACUACUAGAGACUAUAUCAAACUAAGCAAUGUGAAUGAACUAGAAACACUGUAUCAAUAGAAAUACCAGGUUUAACAAGCACAAAGCCAAGAAAACCAACGAUGCCAAAUACUGAAUUACUAUGGCACUGACCUUUGAACACGCCAGCAGGAGUUCGCUGCUGGGUGCAGAUACCACGCAGUGCAACUGUGAGACCUGCUGAACCAACACGGUGGGCGUGCACAGUGGGGUCAACUGUGCAGCCUUCUAUCAUUUCUCGUUAUACAAAAACAUACAUGUGACAAAUAUUUUGCCAAGAUCUUUUCUAUCUAAAACUGAAGAUUCCUGGGCGGCGCCUGUGGCUCAGUCGGUAAGGCGCCGGCCCCACAUACUGAGGGAGGCGGGUUCAAACCCGGCCCCGGCCAAACUGCAACCAAAAAAAUAGCC